GUGUGCUCUUCCCUCUGCCACCCCAACCUUAACCUGUCUACCUCCCCCUUCCUCCUAGGAGGUAUUGAAUUGCGGAAGCUCCAUCCAUUUUGCUCCUUCUCCCUAUCUCCCCGCUCUGCACUCUCUUUCUUUUUUUUUGAACACGUCUCGUUCUCACAAACGACAGCCGCCUUCAUACUUUACCAACAGCAAUUAUGUCGCAAGCUGCAACCGUAUUCCCCCGAAGCCAUGUCGGUUUCGACAGCAUCACCUCUCAAAUUGAGCGAAAGCUGCUUAAACGCGGUUUCCAAUUCAAUGUCAUCUGUGUUGGACAAACUGGCCUUGGGAAGUCUACCCUGAUCAACACUAUUUUUGCUGCCCAUCUUAUCGAUUCCAAGGGCCGUCUCACUCCCGAUGAGCCCGUGCGAUCUACCACUGAGAUUCAAACUGUUUCCCACAUUAUCGAGGAGAAUGGUGUUCGUCUCAGACUGAACAUUGUUGAUACACCUGGUUACGGAGACCAGGUUAACAAUGAUAGAUGCUGGGACCCUAUCGUCAAAUAUAUCAAGGACCAGCACUCGGCCUACCUUCGCAAGGAGCUUACGGCGCAGAGGGAGCGCUACAUCCAGGACACACGUAUCCAUUGCUGUCUUUUCUUCAUCCAGCCUUCGGGACACGCCCUCAAGCCCAUUGAUAUUGUUGUCCUCAAGAAGCUUUCCGAUGUCGUUAAUGUCGUUCCCGUCAUUGCUAAAGAAGAAUUUACCUUCCAUAACCUCAAAAUGUACCCUUACGACAACGAUGAGCUGGACGAGGAGGAGCGUGCUCUCAAUGCACAGAUCAAAAACAUCAUUCCCUUCGCCGUUGUUGGUUCAGAGAAGUCAAUCAUCGUAGAUGGGAAGCAGGUUCGUGGUCGCCAGAACAGAUGGGGUGUCAUUAAUGUUGAGAAUGAAAACCACUGCGAAUUCGUCUUUCUACGAAACUUCCUUACCCGCACUCAUCUUCAGGAUCUAAUUGAGACGACCUCUCAGAUCCACUACGAGACUUUCCGCGCAAAGCAACUUUUGGCUCUGAAGGAGUCCAGUGCCGCUGGUGCGGGAAGUAGUAGGCCUAUUUCACCAGCUGCUGAGAGGGAGUUGAGCAGAGGCUCUCAACACAGGAUGACAAUCAACGGUUAUUAAAUUUGGUGAUGGUGAAGGUGUGGAGAUCGUUGAUAUGAAGGGGCGCGCGACCAGAUUGUGUGGGUGGACAAUUCAAAUAUGAUUUUUCAUGGGAACCUUAAAAAAAAAGCGCGGGGCUGCCUUUUCUUCAAUUUUUUCUUUUCUUCUUUCUUUUUCCUCUCUGUAAUUCCCGCUUCUUUUACUUAGUAAUGUCGGGGAGUCUUUCUUUGUAAUUCUCUAUAUCCUGUGAGCAUUUUAUUUCCCUUGUAUCCCUAUUUGAUAGUUUAUUCACCCACUCGGGGUCGUGGAGCUAGUUGAAAUUGGUGUGAUCUCCAAAGAUCAAUCUGAUCACUGUUCUCUAUA